AUGACAACAGGAGGCACAUCUGGAAGCAGUGCGACAAUGACGACAGGAGGCACAUCAGGAACUAGCGCUACCCUGACAACAGGUGGCACAUCUGGAAGCAGUGCUACCAUGACAACAGGAGGCACAUCUGGAAGCAGUGCUACCAUGACCACAGGAGGCACAUCUGGAAGCAGUGCUACCAUGACAACAGGAGGCACAUCAGGAACUAGCGCUACCUUGACAACAGGAGGCACAUCUGGAAGCAGUGCGACAAUGACGACAGGAGGCACAUCUGGAAGCAGUGUUACCAUGACAACAGCAUCUCUAUUCCCAGCUACCGCAACCCAGGGGAUUAGUAUAUCUUCAACUGCUGCAACCCCACCUACGACAGCCUCUCUGUUUUCAACAUCAACAUAG